AUGCAAGCUGACGCCAGCGAGUCUCCCGACACGUCCCAGGACAAUAGCUAUAUGGCAAAUAAGGACAAUUUUUCCCGGGACGUUCACGAAAAUUUCCACCAAAAUUUCCACCAAGAUCUUCAUCCACAAAUGCAUUCACCACAUGAUUAUUCCUUAGAGAAGUCCAAAAGACCGUACACGAAAAGACAAAAGGGCCAGCAGCCAAAGAGAAAGUCUUCUCGACUCAUAGACAAGGAUAGUGAGCCCAAAUUAACCCUUCAACCAAGUUUAGCCAUAACCGAGAAGACCAACCAAGUUGACGAAAAUCUUAUAAAAGGGGUCAUACGGCGUGGUGGAGAACAUGUCUUCGUCGAGCCAUCCGUAGCGGAACCGCAGGCGGUGUAUACGGGGUUCCCGCUCGAAGUUCCGCCUCCAGCAAAGGCUAUGAAAAGUAGUCGAGGCGGUCGAAAAGGUGUGUCAGGACGAGCAGUUACUCCCGAUAGUGACCUCGAGGAGAGACAAAAGUACUACCAGAGCCAGCUAGCACGAGAAGCAAAGCCAGAGCCCAGUUCUUUGCGGAUAAAAUUCAAGCCUUUGAGUCCGCCCGAGACCAAAAAGCGUCGCAAAAGAACUCACAACAAAUUGGAAACGCCCAAGCAGCCCACCAGGGGCUCGUCAGUGACUCCAGCACUGGAGGGACGUCGCCUGAUCCGAGGGUCGAAGCGGAUAAAGGUGAUCUCGCCCAAAAAACAUGCCGCUACAAAUCUCGCUCCGUCGUCCAACGGCACCAUUACCGCAGCCGCCAGCGAGAGCGAACAGACGGGCGACAACGACGACUUCUGUAGUACGUGUGGAGGUUCUGGCGUGUUCAUAUGCUGUGAUUCCUGUCCCAAAUCGUUCCAUUUUCUCUGCUGUGAUCCGCCUAUUGAAGAGUGUCCCGAAGAUAACUGGAACUGUCGAGAAUGUACUUCCAAGAACAACCCACGACCCACGUUCAACUACUUGGGUCUUUUCGGCCAGCUUGUCAACCACAUCGUCAACAAGGACCCUGCUGAGUUCCAGCUUCCCAAACGGCUUCGAGAAUCGUUUGUUGGUGUAGCUACCGACGAGGACGGCUCGUACACCGACGACCGGUUCAAACCCGAAAUGUCCUUUAGUAAAAGAAACGGCUCUCAAAUUCCUGGGUUCAAUCGUGACGAGAAUCUCGAAGUAGACUCGCUCUACGAUAAAGAUGGUCAACCACUUCUCUGCUACAAAUGCAAGGAAUCUGGACUUCCAAAGUCAAGAAAUGGAUGGAGAACAAUGACAUGCUGCGACUACUGUGGCACAUACUGGCACCUAGAUUGCUUAAGCGAACCCAUGUGUGUUGCCAAGACCAUGGGAAGCAAGUGGAUGUGCCCCAAUCACGCCGACCAGCUUCUCCCCAACUACGUUUCCACCAGAAGAUUCAAGGACGCUACCGUGGUCGACGCUAGCAUGCACAACCAUUUUGUCAAGAUAGCCACCUACAAUUCUUUCCACAUCAAGUAUCGUGACCAGCUGUAUAUAAAUGACGAUAUGAAUGGGUCGGUGGCUCUUCAGGACUACCUCCGGUCUGAAGCUGGCGACGCCAAGGGCCAGGACAACCCCAACACUCAAGAUGGAGAUGUUCAUCCCGACUUUAAGAUUCCCGAUCAUUUGCAAACUUAUGCUGGAGCCGGGGGAAUCUACGCCAAGAGCGGAAAAAGGCUCAAGAAAGUGUUAACGUUGACCAACGAAGAGCAAAUGGGCUCAUUCGUUUAUCGGGUUCCAGAAGAACUGAUUCUUCUUGAUUUUUUCACAAAAGUGAACAAGUCGAAAAAGGCAGAUAUUCUUCGCAAUUUGCAGCCUUACGAGGACAUGAGUCGCUUGGAAACGAAUGAAAGCGAGCGGGACGGCGUCUUGGGUCUCAUAGAUUUUCGACAAGUGCAGAGCAUGGAAAAGAAAGACAAGUCGAUUGACUUUGCGGAGUUGGUGGAGGUCGCUACCAGCCAGCUACAAUCGGAAAAUUUUCAAAAGUUCUCAAAAAAAGACAAACAGCUCACUGAAGACGAGAUCAGCGAGUUGGUGCAAAUCAAGAAACUCAUGCAAAUCAAGGGCAAGAACCAGUUGAUGGAGUUUUUGACUAGCUGA